AUGACCACCGCUGACCCUUUCGACGCUGCUCUCGACCUCCUCCGACGCCUUCCCCCGUCCUCCACCCAGAAGAACCUCAAUGGCAUCAUCUCCCUGCAACCCGACCUCGAAGAAGACCUGCUCUCCUCAGUAGAUGUCGCCUUGACCUCGAAACGAUGUGUCACAUCCGGACGAGACUAUCUUUGCUGCGACUACAACCGCGACGGCAACAGCUACCGCUCGCCCUGGUCCAACGAGUUCGACCCGCCAAUUGAGCCCGACGAUGCUGCGGAGGUCACGCCGCAGGGCCGAGUACGGCGGAUGGAAGAAGCCUUGAACUCUGCUGUCGAUGUCUAUCGAGAACUGUACUACGAGGGAGGUACGAGCAGUGCGUACUUGUGGGCCCUGGACGAGGGCUUCGCAGGAUGCGUGCUAUUUAAGAAGAGUGCGAGCCAGGGAACCGGAGGCAAGGGAGGCUGGGACAGUAUACACGUGCUGGAAGUCAACGAGGCGGCUACGAAGAGGAGCGCGGACUACAAGCUGACGUCGACCGUCAUUUUGGAUCUGGGCCUGCAGUCUGCCGCAGUCGAUAAUCUGGAGCUGGCAGGCAACUUGACGAGACAGACGCAACAGAAAUGUCCAUUGAAUGGCAUGCGGGACAAUGAGAUUGAGCAGAGCCAUGUGGUCAACAUCGGACGCAUGGUCGAGGAUAUGGAGACGAGGAUGAGAAAUCUGCUGCAAGAGGUAUACUUUGGCAAGGCGAAGGAUGUUGUCGGCGAUUUGAGGAGUAUACAGCCGCUCAGUGAGGCCGAGCGUGACCGAGCGGCACAUCAAGAAGUCAUCAACAAGAUGGGACGAUGA